GGUGCGGGGGCUAGGCCCGGACGUCGGAGAAGACGGCUCCUUGUCGGCCCGGAGGGUGGGGUAGAAGGCUGGGCCCCGCCGCCGCGGCCCCUCUGCCCCGGGGGAGCCGAGGCCGCUAACACAGCCCGGGACCGGGGCGGGUUACUCCGUAUGCCCAGCGGAUCUAUCCAUAUGCAAAUUGCACAAAGAUGGACAGUGAGGUGCAGAGGGAUGGAAGAAUCCUGGAUUUGAUUGAUGAUGCAUGGAGAGAAGAUAAAUUACCCUAUGAGGAUGUAGCAAUACCAUUGAAUGAGCUUCCUGAACCAGAACAAGAUAAUGGCGGCACAACGGAGUCAGUAAAAGAACAAGAAAUGAAAUGGACAGACUUGGCUUUACAAUAUUUGCAUGAAAAUGUUCCCCCAACAGGAAACUAGAGAAUCAGUGUUAUUUCAUGGAAUGAUUUCAAUACAAGAAGAUGUUUUCCAGCAUAUCUUCACCAUCUCCUGUCCAACUGCUUAAGGAGGAGUCAAAACCUUUAAAAACCUUCUAGUCUCAAACAGCUGCUCUACUCCACAAAAGCAAAAUACAGUUUAAAAGGCCCCAUGUAACCAAUGUAAAAUAACUGACAUCCUAAAGCUGUGGGGAGAUAGCAGAGUGCUUUUUCACUUACACAAAAAUAUUUGGAGUCCUGUUGUGUUGACAACUUCUUUACAAGUUCAUCUUAAUUGUCUUUUGCAUAUGAUCAAAGAGGUAGUUAUCACUACCUGAAAGCUGAUCAUUGAUCUCAGAAGUGAUUUGGUGAAUAUUUGUGGUUGCUUUGAUGUUUUAUAGACCCAAAGCUAUUCUUUUAUGGUUUGAUGCUACUGUUAGUUGCUCGGGUUUUGCACCAUGGUCUCUAUGAACCAACUUUUACUGCCUUUAACUUGCCUGUGACACAGGAAGGUUGUUUGGGACAGAGAGAAAGGUUAAUGAACAGGAUUAAGGGACUGAAAUUUGUCUGUAAACACAAAUGAGACUGGGAAAGAAGUUCUUUAUAAAGUAAGCAGUCUUGGAAUUUGCCUAUUCUGGUUGGAGCACAUUCCCAACACGGACAUCCUGUAGUCUGUUUGCUAACCAGCAUACUGUAAAAGAACAAUUUAUAUUAAAAGGCUUUGUUAGUGGUGACUCAAAGUAAUUGAGUCACCACCUUU